UGUACUGCGCAUGUGUCUUACCCUUAUACCCCAAUACCCAUGCUCCAACCUCUUUCAAUAAGCCUUGCAGUGAACCAGGAAAUACAUAUUAAAAUGUGUAAUAUUUGUUACAAGAAACAGAGGACGUCAAGCUUGAUGCAAUCUGCUUUUACCACGUAACGUCCACAGAAAUAUAAACGUUACACGUCGCGUUGAAGUCCUCUAGUAAACUUUGUUCCUGUCCUGGACAUUGUAUCGAUAAAGUUUGAAUUUGAACCGUCUCCACUCUGUCAACAUGAUGGCGUCUGAUCGACCUGUGGACGGAGUCCCUCCUUCACUGUCUGCUAAAGUGGUCGGGUCAUUUGCCUAUUUGACUGUGAGAGACAGAUUGCCAACCAUCUUGACUAAAGUUAUAGAUACAAUACAUCGCAACAAGAGCAAGUUUUUUGAAGAAUAUGGAGAGGAGGGUAUCGAGGCAGAGAAGCAAACAAUAGGUCUGCUGUCUAAGAUGAGGAAUGAGCUGCAAACUGAUAAGCCAGUACUAGCACUGACAGACGAGCUGCAAGACACAGAGUACUGGAACCAGUACCUGCAGAGACAACAGAAACUGCAUGGAGACGAGGAGUCCGUCAGCUGGUUCAAGUCUCCAUGGCUUUAUGUGGAGUGCUACAUGUACCGCAGGGUACAAGAGGCCCUCUGGCUCAAUCCUCCCAUCAGUGACUAUGACGUCUUUAAUGAGUCAAAGACUCAGAGCUUUUUUGAGUCUCAGCAGGCUAUAAUGGCCUUGUGUACAUACUUCGGGGGCAUCAACAAGAACAUGAAGGAACUCUCCAAGAAUCAGCUGUUUGAGCAUUUUAUCAAACUGUUACAGGUUUCGCUGUGGGGAAACAAGUGUGAUCUGUCUAUCUCUGCUGGCCAAGACAACUCCCAGAAGACCAGUCCAAUAGAUUCCCUCAACAGCCUACAACCCUUCAUCUUGGUGAAUGACUCCAACAUGGUGUGGUCAACUCUUAUUUCUGCCCAAAGGCCAGGACAAUCAGAGAAAGCCACUGCUGUGAGAGUGGACAUUGUUCUAGACAAUGCUGGCUUUGAGUUAUUCACUGACUUGGUCUUAGCAGAUUUCCUGGUUUCCUCCGGCCUUGCCCACGAGGUCCAUUUUCACGGCAAAUGCAUCCCGUGGUUUGUCUCUGAUGUCACAGCUAACGAUUUUCAGUGGACCAUCCGGCAGACCAUGGCGGCCAAUCACAGAUGGAUGUCAAAGUGUGGUGUCCAGUGGAAGAGCCACCUGAAGGAAGGCGUGUGGACCUAUCAUGAUCAUCCUUUCUGGACACAGCCCCAUGAGUUCUCUGACAUGGCAGCUGAUGCUCCUGACCUGUACGCAACCCUGCAGGGGGCAGACCUGGUGCUGUUUAAAGGUGAUCUCAACUACAGAAAGCUGACGGGGGACAGGGACUGGGAUCACACAGUGGGCUUCGAUACUGCGCUACGAGGUUUUGGGCCUGCGCCACUGUGUAGCCUGAGGACUCUCAAGGCCAACGUUCAGGUCGGUCUGCAGCCGGGCCAAGGGGAGAAGCUCAGCUCCCAAGAUCCAGACUGGAUGACCAGCGGCAAAUACGCUGUCAUUCAAUUCUACGGCUCAAAGUCAGAACAGAAAGACUGACCUUAGGAUCUCAUUGGGAAGACGUGGAUUCAUUAGAACAUCACAAUGAGAAGGAGUUACCUUUAAGCCAUACGACCAUUAAGUUACCCACGGUUGUUAAAUUGUGUAUUUGUUCCUCAUCGUCAGUUAGCACUUCGUCAUGUUUGAUACAGAAAUGCACAGUAACAGAGAUAUUUAAGUUAUUUUCACAACAUAUUUGUACCAUGUCGUACUUAAAAUGUUAGCACUUUUAGAUCUAAAUGUUUUCUCAUGAUUUGAACAACUGUUUACGGUGACACAUUUAUCCUCUGAGGUAACAAAUCAAGGUUGCUUUCUAUCGCAAAUAGCUUAUGUGUUGUGCACAAUGUAUUAAGUCAUAAUGUUUACAGGUUAAUGUAGAUGCUAUUAACAAUUAUUGAGUAAGAAUUGGGCUUUAUAAAUCUUUGUCCUGGGGCAGCAAUACUUUUCUUUUUGCAUGCAGUUGAGGAGAAUGAUGAUAAAUGUAAUAUAUAGAUAUUUUUGUUUUCAUCUAGCUUAGCUCAGGUUGUCUUAUUGUUGCACUCGGUGUCAUUGAUAUGCAUGCAUCAAUACAAUCAAAACAUGCAGACAGACAUUUAAAUUCAGCUAAGGCAGAUUAUAACAUCAUUUGAUAACUGUUUUGCUCAGUUUGAAAGACGGUAGACUGUUAUUGGGGUGGUGUAACAAUAACAGUGACAACGUGUCCUUGUUUUGUUUAAAAUGGCAACCCAGACCUCCAUAUCUUCAUUGAUGAAAGUGGAUGUCUCUGUGCACAAUGUUAUGUCAUCUAAAUUCUCAUCGUCAGUACCUCGGAGGUGAUGUUAACUGGAUUCUUCUCAUUGCUGCCUGGGGGAAAUCAUAUCAUUUUCAUUAAGGGGUUUGAUUUAAUAAAGAACUGCACUGAC